GUCACGCAGAAGGGAAGUGCUGCAGAUAAAAGCUGUUGCUCUGUGAUCUGCGGUGUUACUGGAGCUUGAGCCCCCGUUGAAAGAAGACAGAGAAGCUGCAGAGAUGGGCUUCUUUCUCUCCGCUGAGACAUGGACCCUUCUGGUGGCUCUCGUCACGCUGCUCUUUGUGUAUGUCUGCUGGAAUUUUGGAAUAUUUAAGAAAUUGGGCGUCCCUGGUCCCCAACCAAUCCCUUUCUUUGGCACAAUGCUGGCAUAUAGAAAGGGAUUCACCACCUUUGACGAAGAUUGCUCAAAGAAAUAUGGGAACGUAUGGGGCAUUUUUGAUGGCCGUCAGCCGGUGCUUUGCAUCACUGAUCCUGCCAUGAUCAAAACUAUUCUGAUAAAGGAGUGUUACUCUCUCUUCACCAAUCGCAGAGUAAGUAAACUAACUAACACUUCCAGUCACUUGUUUCUUGGACUCUCCUCAUCAUCUGUACGUGUUCCUUUGUACCAGAACUUCCGUCUGAACGGGCAACUGUACGACGCCGUGUCCAUCGCUGAGGAUGACCAGUGGAAGAGGAUCCGCAGUGUCCUCUCGCCCUCCUUCACCUCAGGAAGACUGAAAGAGAUGUUUGACAUCAUGAAGCACCACUCCGCUAACCUGACCAGCAGCAUGAAAAAAAAGGCAGACAAGGACGAGCCCUUAGAGCUUAAAGAGUUCUUUGGCCCCUACAGCAUGGAUGUAGUAACCAGCACAGCCUUCAGUGUCGACAUUGACUCGCUCAACAACCCCUCAGACCCUUUCGUUGCAAACAUCAAGAAGAUGCUCAAGUUUGACUUUUUUAGUCCAGUCUUCCUCAUUGUUGCUUUCUUCCCCUUUAUGGCUCCAAUUUUGGAGAAGAUGGAGUUUUCCUUUUUCCCUAAAUCUGUCACAGACUUCUUUUACGCCGCACUGCAGAAGAUCAAGUCCAACCGUGUGCACAGCGAGCAAAAGAGUCGAGUGGACUUCCUCCAGUUAAUGAUUGACUCCCAGAAAAACAUUGACCUCAGUAAAGAGGAAUCAAAUAAAGGUUUAAGUGAUCACGAAAUCCUUUCUCAGGCAAUGAUUUUCCUCUUUGCUGGCUACGAAACAAGCAGCAGCUCUCUUUCUUUCUUGGCUUACAAUCUGGCCAGAAACCCUCACAUCAUGAAACGGCUGCAAGAGGAGGUCGACUCCACGUUCCCGAACAAGGGUCCUGUUGAGUACCAGGCUCUGAUGCAGAUGGAGUAUCUGGACAGCGUCAUCAACGAGUCUCUCCGGUUGUACCCCAUUGCCCCACGUCUGGAGCGUGUGGCCAAGGCAACUGUGGAGAUAAAUGGCAUUGUGAUUCCAAAAGACAUGGUUGUCAUGGUUCCCACAUGGCCGCUGCACCGGGAUCCGAGUCUGUGGCCCGAGCCCGAGGCGUUUAAACCUGAGAGGUUUAGCAAGGAAAACAAGGACUCUAUUGACCCCUACACGUACAUGCCUUUCGGGGCAGGACCCAGGAACUGCAUUGGGAUGCGAUUUGCUCUGGUGAUGAUGAAACUAGCAAUGGUUGAGAUCCUGCAGAGGUUCAGCUUCUCUGUGUGUAAGGAGACUGAGAUCCCCUUGGAGAUGGACGUCCAGGGCCUUCUGAUGCCAAAACGACCAAUAAAACUUAAACUGGUGCCACGUUGAAUCCUAAAACUAAACAAAAAGAAACACAUACGUGAUUUUAAACAUCUCCAUCUGUAUCACCACGUGUACAGCUGUAUGUAAAUCUGUAUCAGUUCGUCGUCUUUGGUUCAUUAAAGCUUUUCCUAACGUGCAA